CCGAGGCGCUGCGGCCGCAGGGGCUCCGGGCGGCCUCAGUCCCGCUGCGUCCCCUGUGGGGCUGCCGCCGAGGGCGGCCCCGUCCCGCCGCGCCUCCUUCCCUCCCGGGCCCGCCGCCGGCUCCGGCGCCUCCCCCCCGGCGGCGGAGGCGAAUCUGCGGGCCGCGUCCCGCCGCUAGCGCGGUUUGGGCGGUUGUCAGGGAGAAACAAGAUGGCGGCGGCGGAGGAGGACACGGAGCUGCGGGACCUGCUGGUGCAGACGCUGGAGAGCAGCGGGGUGCUCAACAAAAUCAAGGCAGAGUUGCGAGCAGCUGUUUUUUUGGCACUAGAAGAACAAGAGAAAGUGGAGAACAAAACACCUUUGGUAAAUGAAAGCUUGAAAAAUUUUUUGAGUACAAAAGAUGGUCGCUUGGUGGCAGGUCUUGUUGCAGAAUUUCUACGUUUUUUCAAUCUUGAUUUUACACUGGCUGUUUUUCAGCCUGAAUCAAGCACAUUAAAUGGCCUGGAUGGUCGAGAAAACUUAGCUCGAGAUCUGGGAAUUACAGAAGCGGAAGGUAGUGUGGGUGGUCCCCUGUUGUUGGAGGUUGUUAAAAAAUGUCAGCAGAAAAAGGUUUCGGGCAGUGGAGAAAUUGCUCCAGUUCUAAGUGAUAGCCUGUGCUCCACGUCAAAAUCAUCAGAUGGAAGAUCAAAUACACACCCCAUACCGAGUAAGGUUGCUGAAAGCACUCAAAGUGAUACAAGUGUCUCAUCAGGGGAAGCAAGCAAAAGAAGCAUUCAUUUUCUGCCUAAUGAAACAAAACUAGAUCCUCAGUUGCAAAACAAAGACUUAAAUACCAAAGAAAAAAGUGACCCAGCUAUGGAUGAAGAUGAUGAAGAGGGAGAUUCUUUUUUUGACGAUCCUAUACCCAAGCCAGAAAGAACUUACGGCUGGAAAACUGAAUCCAAUAAAGCAGGAAGUCUAGCAUCCCUUUCUGAUGCACCGCCUUUGAAAAGUGGGUUAAGUUCCCUGACUGGUGCACCUUUGCUAAAGGAGCCUGAUGAUUUGAAUAGAAAUUCCGUUUUGAAAGACCUGCGGUUGGUAAAUGCAAAACUGGGAUCUUUAGAAUUAGGAAAUGGAGAUGACGAUGACUAUGCUGAUGACUUCAACAGUACUAGCCAUCGCUCAGAGAAAAGUGAUAUCAGUAUUGGCGAAGAAAUAGAUGAAAUUUCUGUUGAAACAGAAGACUUGAAUGCCAGUGAUAAACUUGAAGACAUCACACAAGACCACACCAUUUCUCAAUUAAGUGAUGUUGCAGAUUAUCUAGAAGAUGUGGCAUAGACUGGACAGCAAAAAUGUUUCAUUGUGCUGGACUAGAAGACUGCUGUGGACUGUUAAUUUCAGACAAUCACUUUUGCUGGAAUGUCCACUCCCUAUUUGUGCCUUGUUUCAAAAAGACUGUAGGUGGAGAGGGCUUUUAAAUAUUCUUAACCAGAACUAAAUGAAACUGUGUUCCCAUUUGAGUCUGAUAUUCGAAUUAUUUUCUUCAUUUGGUUCAGCCAAACCUAUUACAACAGGAGUUGGAUUUUCCAGGAAGAAUGUCCAUUGCUGGCAGUGGGCAUAAUAAAAAACAAUGCAUCAGAGAACAUCUGCACAGAUGCAUGUGGGUUUAUAACAAACUUGCACUGUUAUUGUAACAGUCUGAUUUUUUUUUCUUUUUUUUUUUUUUUUUUUUUUUUUUAAAGAUAACCAAAGCAAGAACCUUCAGAGGUAGUGCUUCAAACUUCUGGUAGUUUUAACGCAGUUUUUUCGAGUCAGCAUGUCAUAUAUUUAUGGUAAAUCUAGCCACAAUACCUAGUUGCUCCAGACUUACUUGAAACUAUAGUUUUUCAGACUUUUCUGAAAGUCAGACCUUUUUUUAAAGGCAUAUCAAGUUAAGCAUAUCUGAACUCUCAAAUCUAAAUUUAGUACUAGUCUUAACUCCAAAUGUUCUUGUUUAAAUACGUUUGUGAGACCAUUGAUGGCGAGACCUAAGCUGUUCUUAUGUACAAUAAUUUCAUCAAUGUUACUGGUCACUAAAUCAUGAAAAGUAAUUCUGUAAGGAUCCACAAAUCAUUAACUAAAUCUUCCUGUUUUUUGUUUUGUUUUUUUUUUUUAAUAGUGUGGUAAUGAUUUGUGGAGCUUUUGUUAUUGAGGGCUCUUCCUUUGCUGUAAGCACACUUUCAUUCUUGAAAAUCCUUGUACGAAAAUGAGCGCCAAAAAGUGAAACCACUAACUGUCUGUUUUUCAGAUUCUAACUGCUGUACAGAAGUAAAUCCAAAAAGUUAACAAUACGAUACUGAAGACAUUAUUGACACUAAGUUCUAGCUAAGAGCAAAUUUCUGUAUUUUCAUUGUAGUCUUGCAAAACAGGGUCAGUAAUGGAAACGUUGACAGUUCCUUAACGAUACUAUUGUGCAUGGCGCUGCUAUAAUAUAUAGGUCAUGGACAUUUAAAAUACUGAAACCAGACUUCAAAAUGUGCACUUUCUGAACAUUGUGAACACAUUUGGAAAAUAUACAUGUACAUGAAUAUAAAUAACUUAAUCAUUUUUUUAGACUUUGUAAAUUUUUUUUAAUUUUUUUUCAGGAAAACCAUUGGCCUCUCAUCAAUGGCCACCUCAGAAGUAGCAUGCUAAACUAAAGCCAUUGGUUAAGCAUGUAGAGCUGCUACUAGUUUUGGAUGCUGACUUGGAUCUUUCUUGCACUGGGCCAGCAGGCAUGGAGCAGUGCUGGAAAGUUAGGCUUGUACAGUACAUAAAUAAUGAGAGGAGGGGAGAAAAGCGUGCCUUUUAUUUAUGUGCACCCCAAAAUAAGCCAGCAAAAAGCAUCAGAAUAUUUAGUCACCAUGUUAACUUCUAACUUUGUGCCAUGUUGUAGCAGCUGAGGAGAAUUUUUUUUUAACCACAAAAAAUCAAUGUGCCAUAGACUCAUAGACUUCAAAUAACAGUGAUGUUGUAAAAAAUGGUACACCCUGUGUAAAAUUUACUUAAACUUUGGGGGAACCUGUGCCUCAAGAUACUACAUGUAAAAGGUCGUUUCUGUUUGAUCUUUUUUUUUAAGGAGAAUAACAGCAUGUCUGAAGGAUGUAAAAUUCCACUCAAACACUUGGGAACAAUUGAUUUCUGGCAUUCAUUUUUAAGGUAUAUGAAAUAAUGUAGAGACAGUGCUAUUUGUGUUUUUACAUGUCUUGGGAAAACAUGAUACUGUUACCUGUUAGCUGUAGGAUAUCUAGCAGUUUGUCAUACCAAAAGAAGCUAAAAUUUUAUUAAAUGAUUUCUAAUUGCAUUUGAAGAUGUGGCCUUUAAAUAACUAAUUAAUAUUUUAAAUGUUAACAUGACUUUUGUUAACAGCAGUGUGUUGUUCUCUUACCUUGGGAGCUAAUUGGAGACCUUGCACUUUGGCUCUCAAUUAGGAAAUGCCAAAAGGUGGUAAGUCUCUGUGCUGUUCCUCCUGUGGGAUUUUACUGAAUUGUGUAUAAUACUUCAAGUUGCAAAAUAAAGCUGUUGUGCUGG